UGUGAUGCUCCACUGGCAUCUGCCUUGCCUCGCACGUCCAUCAGCAGCUCUUCAGAGCUGUCCAGUAGCCAUGGCCCUGGGUUUGCAAGUCUUAAUCGCAGAGAUGGAGCUGGUGGAUGGACCCCAUUUGUGUCAAAUAAAUACCAGUGGCUGCAGAUUGACCUUGGAGAGAGAAUGGAGGUCACAGCUGUGGCCACCCAGGGAAGAUACGGGAGCUCUGACUGGGUAACCAACUAUCUCCUGAUGUUCAGUGAUGGUGGGAGGAACUGGAAGCAAUAUCGACGAGAAGAAAGCCUCUGGGGUUUUCCAGGAAACACAAACGCAGACAGUGUGGUGCACUACAAACUCCAGCCUCCUUUCGAAGCCCGAUUCAUGCGCUUUCUCCCCUUAGCCUGGAACUCUAAGGGCAGGAUUGGGAUGCGGGUGGAAGUGUACGGAUGUGCAUAUGAAUCUGAGAUGGUUAAUUUUGAUGGAAAAAGUUCCUUGCUGUACACAUUUAAUCAGAACUCCAUGAGUCCAACAAAAGAUGUUAUUUCUUUGAAAUUUAAAACCAGGCGGAAUGAUGGGAUUCUACUUCACAGAGAAGGACAAAAUGGCAAACACAUCACCCUGGAGUUAGUUAAAGGAAAACUCAUCUUAUUCCUUAAUUCAGGCAAUGCUAACCUCCCCUUUCCUGACACCAGCGUGACCCUCACUCUGGGUAGCUUGCUGGAUGAUCAGCAUUGGCAUUCUGUCCUCAUAGAAAUCCUCAGCACAUAUGUCAACUUCACUGUUGACAGGCACACUCAUCACUUCCAGGCAAAAGGAGAGUUCAACUACUUGGAUCUUGAUUAUGAGAUCAGCUUUGGAGGGAUUUCUGGACAUGGAAAAUCAAUGGCCUUCUUACAUAAAAACUUUUAUGGCUGUUUUGAAAAUCUCUGUUAUAAUGGGGUGGAUAUCAUUGACUUGUCCAAGAAACACAAACCACAGAUCUUCAUCAUGGGAAAUGUGUCCUUCUCGUGUUCAUACCCUCAAACUGUCCCUGUAACUUUUCUGAGCUCCAGGAGUUACUUGGCUCUGCCAGUCUCCUCUGGAGAGGAAAAAGUAUCUGCCACUUUCCAAUUUCGAACAUGGAACAGAGCAGGGCUGUUGCUGACCAGUCAGUUUCAACAUGGGUCAGGGGCUAUCAUCCUUGUUCUUAAUGAUGGAAAGCUCAAGUUGAGUCUCUUCCAGCCUGCACAUCCAGCAAAGGACGUCACAGCAGGUGCUGAAUUGAAUGAUGGGCAGUGGCACUCUGUGUCCUUAUUUGAUAAAGGGAAUCAUCUGAGUGUGAUGGUGGAUGGUGCAGCAGCAUCCGUGGCUCACACUCUGAGUAGGCAGAUUGAUUUGGGCGACACCUAUUAUUUGGGGGGCUGUCCCAGCAACAGCUCUGGCUCUGGAUGUGGAAGUCCCGUGGGGGGUUUUCAGGGCUGCUUGAGGCUCAUUUCCAUUGGAGACAAGGUGGUGGAUCCCAUCUCAGUACAGCAGGGGACACUGGGGAGUUUUCAUGACCUCCAGAUAGACUCCUGUGGCCUCACAGACAGGUGUUUGCCCAGCUACUGUGAACAUGAGAGUGAAUGCUCCCAGUCUUGGGACACCUUCUCCUGUGACUGCACACACACUGGUUAUGAGGGUGCGACCUGCCAUUCCUCUCUCUACGAGCAGUCAUGUGAAGCCCACAAGCACAGAGGGAACUCUUCAGGGCUCUACUAUAUCGACUCAGAUGGAAGUGGCCCAUUGAGACCGGCUCUUGUAUAUUGCAACAUGACAGACACAGCAUGGACCUCAGUGCAGCACAAUGGCUCCCACUUGGCCAGGGUCAAAAGCUCGAAUGAAGAAAACUCCCAUCCUGUGUUUUUCAAGUACAGGGCCAGUAUGGACCAGCUUCAGGCCAUAAUCGACCAUGCAGACCACUGCCAACAAGAGCUAGCUUUCCACUGCAGAAAGUCAAGGCUUUCAGCUCAUCACGAUGGAACCCCAGUGAGCUGGUGGGUUGGAAGAAGCAAUGAAACACACACUUACUGGGGAGGUUCUCUGCCUGAUGCUCAAAAGUGUACUUGUGGAUUAGAGGGGAACUGCAUUGAUUCUCAAUAUUACUGCACCUGUGAUGCUGCCCGGAAUGAAUGGACCAGCGACACAGUAGUCCUUUCCUGUAAGGAGCACCUGCCAGUCACUCGGGUUGUGAUGACAGAUGCAGGCCAACCACAUUCAGAAGCAGCCUAUACACUGGGGCCUCUGCUCUGCCGGGGGGACAAUUCAUUUUGGAAUUCAGCUUCCUUCAAUACUGAGACUUCAUACCUUCAUUUUCCUACGUUCCAAGGAGAGCUUAGCGGUGACGUGUCUUUUUUUUUUAAGACAACAGCUUCUUCUGGGGUGUUUGUAGAAAACCUGGGGAUCACAGACUUCAUCAGGCUAGAGCUGCGCGAUUCUGCAGAAGUGACCUUUUCCUUCGAUGUGGGGAACGGGCCUUGUGAGGUCACGGUGCAGUCUCUUACUCCCUUUAAUGACAAUCGGUGGCACCACGUGCGGGCAGAGAGGAACAUUAAAGAGGCAUCACUUCAAGUGGAUCAGCUCCCUAGCAAGACCCAGCCUGCCCCUACUGAUGGGCAUAUUCGCUUACAGCUCAACAGUCAGCUCUUUGUAGGUGGGACGGCAACCAGACAGAGAGGCUUCCUGGGAUGCAUUCGGGCCCUGAAACUGAACGGGAUGGCCCUGGAUCUGGAAGAAAGAGCCACGGUGACGCCAGGAGUGGAGCCUGGGUGCCCAGGACACUGCAGCAGCUAUGGACACUUGUGUCUCAAUGGAGGGAGCUGUAGAGAAAAACGCAGAGGCAUUGCUUGCGACUGUGCCUUCUCUGCCUACGACGGGCCAUUCUGCGAGAAUGAAAUUUCUGCAUAUUUUAGAAGUGGCUCAUCCGUUAUCUACAAUUUUCAAGAACUUUCCAAUUACACUUUCAGUAAGAACUCCAGCUCCUUUGCAGUUUUACUUCAUGAGGAUCUGACACUGACCGGAGAAAUAGCCACAGUGAGCUUCCAGACCACAAAGACUCCCAGCUUAUUGCUCUACGUGAGUUCAUUUCAGGAGGAGUACCUGUCCAUCAUCCUUGCCCCCAAUGGAAGUUUGCAGAUUAGGUAUAAGCUAGACAGACACCAAGAACCUGAUGUUUUUAACUUUGGUGUUAAAAGCUUGGCUGAUGGGCAGCUUCAUCAGGUGAAGAUUAACAGAGAAGCAGCAGUGGUCUCCGUAGAGGUUAACAAGAAUGCAAGGAAACAAGUCAUCCUAUCGUCAGGGACAGAAUUCAAUGCUGUCAAAUCCCUUACAUUGGGGGCGAUUUUAGAGCCCCGUGGCGCUGACCGGGACACGCAGCAAGCCGGCGCGCGCGGCUUCUCCGGCUGCCUCUCAGCGGUGCGCUUUGGCCCCGCCACCCCGCUGAAGGCGGCGCUGCGCCCUGGAGGUCCAGCUCCGGUCACCGUCCGCGGAUAUGUAGCCCCGUCGCGCUGCGCCCAGGCGGCGGGGCCUGGAGCCCCAGCGCGGGAGGCGACCCGCCCAUUCGCAGGUCGUUCUGGACCAACAGAUGAGGGAGAGCCCUUCGUCAAUGCGGACAGAAGUGGCUCCGCGGUCCUCGGAGGUGUGAUAGCAGUUGUGAUAUUUAUCUUGCUCUGUACCACUGCCAUAGCAAUACGUAUUUAUCAACAGGGAUGGGUGUACCAAAAAAAUGAGUCAAAUAUUCAAAAAAAUGGAGACAAUGCUGAGACUGCUCUGAAAAGUGAACUCAACAUGCAAAGUACAGUCAAUGAAAGCCAGAAAGAGUAUUUCUUCUGA